AUGAAGCCUUCUCACCAAGUGGACAAGAAGAUUGUCUCCGACUUUGAGGCCAGCAACACGAAGGCAAAUCCUAGGAAGGGCGUAUACGGCGUUCCGAGUGUGGCAAUAAAGGCUAUAAAGGUUAGAACAAACAUCAUGUCGCCUACGUCUGGCGCCACACGACCACUUCCGGCUCAAGAUAUUAGUUGGCGACAUUAUCUGCUGCGGGUGUACCACGCAGGACCGACGACCGAAUUUGAUCACAUAAUACCUAUGAUGGACGAGGGCGAUUCGUACUGGGUGUCCCCGGCAUUGACAUUGCUCUUGCUGGUGCUGCGUGAGAUGGUGAAGCGGAUAUUCAGCUCACAAUCGUCGAGGAGCCGCGGGUUCCUGGAAGGCCGCCGAGGCGGUAACACUCAGUUCAGACGAAACAGAGCAGGACGACGAUGUAUAUGCGAGACGUGGAGAAUCGAGAAUACAGGGAAGAGCAGGAGAGAGAGAGAUCGAAUGAUGUCGCUCCAGUAA